AUGCCCCCCAGCCAGGGCGACGCCGAGAUGUCCAACGGUCAAGAUGGUCACGCCCACCCGCCGGCGGCGUCUCUGAAGAAGGGAAAGCAGAAGAAGGCGGUCGACUCCAACGAGUCUGCAAAGCUACUCGCGCAACGCAUCUCGCAGCUAGAGCAAGAAUCAGCUGGAGAGAAGGAUCAGGAAGCUGAGAUUGAGCGCGAGGUCAAGCGUGCGAACCGCGAUUUGGCCCAACAAGUGGCAAAGAUGAGCGACUUGCAAAAGAUUGAACACCUUACCCGUCGGUCCAGCGAACUGUUAGCCGACAUGCGCCGCGUUGAGCGAGAGAACCAGAAGAACAAGAAACGCGGGGACGCCCUGCAGAAGGAAAAGGAUGCGAAUCGCACCGAGCUUAGCAAGACGGUCGGCCUCAAGGAGAAGCUCGAGAAGCUCUGUCGCGAACUGCAACGGGACAACAACAAGUACAAGAACGAGAACAAGACCCUCCAGGACAACCUGAAGCACAACAGCUCGGCUUACGACGAGAAGCAUGCGGCCUUGCUAGCCAAGUUGGAGGGAAUUCAAGAAGAAAAGGAUCAUCCGCGGAAGCAGGUUGUGGACAUGAGCGUCGACACCUUGUUCAAAAACCGGUUCAAAUCCUUCAUCGAGCAGUACGAGUUGCGCGAAUUGCACUUCCACUCCACGAUGCGCACCAAGGAGCUGGAGGUGCAAUACAAUAUGGCGCGCUAUGAACGAGAGAAGAAGCUCGCCGAGGCCGAGUCGACAAGAGCGCGGAAUCUCCAAGCUCAGGUUCAGACUUUUACAAAGACUGAGACGGAGCUCCGGAAUCAACUCAAUGUCUACGUUGAUAAGUUCAAGCAGAUCAAGGUUGAGGACACGCUUAAUAACAGUAAUGAUCUGUUUCUGACAUUUCGGAAGGAAAUGGAGGACAUGUCCAAGAAGACGAAGCGCUUGGAAAAGGAGAACGAGACCAUGAAGCGCAAGCACGAGGCCACGAAUGCCAACAUCAUCCGCAUGGCUGAGGAGCGCGAGGACUGGCGCAAAAAAGCCGCCGAGGCGACCAAGAGAGCCGAGAAGCUGAGGAGCAUCAUUGAGCAGAUGCAACAGCAGGGCCGCAAGGUCCCGCCUGGAAUGGCGGCGACGCUGGAGAGCUGCUACUCGGACAGCAACGGCCACCUGGACGGCGACGGCAGCGACUACUCGGACGAGGAGGAAGGCGAGGAGGAUCCGAGCGAGUUUGACGACGACACGGAGGAGGAGCCUCAACCGGGGGAGCCAGAACCGCCCAGGCCCUACGGUCCGGAGAGACCACCAGCACCCCAAGCCGCGACGAACGGUCAUUAG